GCGCGGGGACACCGCCGACAGCGACACCGCCACCGCCGGAGCGACCGGUCACCGCCACCGCCGCAGCCCGGGCGCGGCGGCUCCCGGCGCGGCGCGGGAGGACGGGGCAGAGCGGCGAGGGGCGGCCGGAGGCAGCGGGGCCGGUGCCCAUGUGCCCGCGGUCGCGGCGGGGCGAUGAGGCCGCGAUGAGCACGGCGGGCGAGGGCACCCUCCGGCCCUGGAAGCCCGACCCGGGGCAGGCGGACGGGGGGCGGCCGCCCCCGCCGGGCCCGGCGCUGCCGCUGACCCUGAGCGUGCUGGCCUGGCUGGGCACCGGCACCACCAUGGCCGGCCUCAACAAGUGGAUCUUCGCGGCGCACGGGUUCCGAUACCCGCUGCUGCUCUCCUCGCUGCACAUGCUGUCGGGGGUGGCCGUGGGGUACCCGCUGGGCUGGGCGCGGGGUGCCCGCUCCCCGCGGCCCCGCGCCCGCAUCUACCUGCUCAGCCUCACCUUCUGCACCAGCGUGGCCCUGGGCAACCUGGGCCUGAGCUACGUGCAGCUGGACGUGGCCCAGGCCGUGGCCACCACCACGCCGCUGGUGACGCUGGUGCUGGGGGUGCUGGGGGGCCGGCGGCCGCACCCGCUGCAGUGCUGGGCCAUGGGCCCGGUGUGUGCCGGGGCCGCCUGCAGCAUCGCCGGCGGGCUCCGCUUCUCCCAGCCCGGCUGCGGCUUCCUGCUGGCCGCCACCGUGCUCCGCGCCCUCAAGUCCAUCCAGCAGAGUGUGCUGCUGCAGGAGGACCAUCUGGACGCGCUGUCCCUGCUCGGCCUGACGUCCCUGCCCAGCUUCGUGCUGCUGUUCGGGGCGGCCGUGGCGCUGGAGCUGGGCCCCUCGUGGCAGGGGGUGCUGCGCCCCGACGCCGCGCUCUGGGGCUGCGUCCUGCUCAGCUGCCUGGGCUCCGUCCUCUACAACCUGGCCACGUCCUGCCUCCUGUCCCUCACCUCCGCCCUCACGCUGCACCUCCUGGGCAGCCUCACCGUGGUGGGCAACCUGCUGCUGUCCCGCCUGCUGUUUGGCACGCGGCUGGGCGCGCUGGGCUACGCCGGCGUGGCGCUGACGCUGGCGGGGAUGGUGCUGUACCACCAGCCCCAGCUCCUGGCCGCGUGCUGGCCCCUGCGGGCGCCGCGGCGGCACCCGCGCCACGAGUAGGGGUCUGAGGGUGGAGCGGGGGCGAGGGAGGCUCUGAGCGAGGGCAGGGGGGCUGCAGAGCUCGGCUCGGCGACCACGUGUGUGUGUGUUGAGGGGUGUCGUGCUGGGCACACGUGUGUGCCAGUGUGUGUGACACUCUGCACGUGUGUGUGACUGUGCACGUGUCUGCCAGUGUGUGACACGCUGAGCGCACGGGUUUGCCAGUCUGCCCACGUGUGUGCUGAGGUGCACAGUGCUGUGCACGUGGGUGUGACUGCGCACACAUGUGUGCCAGUGUGUGUGCCACUCUGCACAUGUGUGUGCCAGUGUGCCUGGCUCUGUGUGCCCACGGGAGUGCUGAGGUGCACAGUGCUGUGCACGUGUGUGCCCGUGUGUGGCUCUGUGCACAUGUGUUUGCUGGUUUGCACAGCUCUGUGCACACACCUGUGGCUGUUUGCACAGCUCUGUGAGCAUGUGUUUGCCGGUGUGCACAUGUGUGUGCCAGUGUGUGUGACUCUGCACAUGUGUGUGCUGGUGUGCACAGUGCUGUGCACAUGUAUGUGCCAGUGUGUGUGGUACUGUGCACAGGGGUGUGCUGGCAUGCACAGCUCUGUGCACACGUAUGUGCUGAGGUGCACAGUGCUCUGCACUGCACAUCCCUACUGAUGUGCAAGGCACUGUGCACAGGUGUGUGCUGGUCUGUACAGCUCUGUGAGCACACGUGUGUUGAUGUGCACGUGUGUGUUGUGUGAAGGCUCUACAUGUGCAGGCAGGUCUCGUGCACGUGUGCGUUGGUACAGACUGUACAUAUGUGAGUGUGUGCACAGCUCUGUGUGCGUGUGGCACGUAUGUGCUGCUGUGCACAGCUCGGGGGGGGGGUCAGGCAGGUACAGGUGUGCACACAGGCUCUGUGCAGGUACCUGUAUGUGUGUGUGUGUGUGUGUGCAGCUGUGUGCCCCAGCUCCACACGUGCGUCCCUGUGUGCACACGCAGACUGGGAAUGCUCAGGGACAUGGCUGUGGAUAAACGACUCUGGAUACAGGACUCGGGGCAUCCAGCUGCUGUCCUGCCUGGGGAAACAACUGUCUGUCUGUGUGUGUUCAUGUGUGUGUGUGUGUGUGCACGUGUGUGUGUGUGCGUUCACACGUGUGUGUGUCACCACUGAGCUCUGCUGGCUGGAGUGGACGCUGGCUGUGUGUAGACACUGUUCUCAUGGCCAAACAGGAUGCCCAGGACAGGGCAGGUGCGUGUCCCCUCCCCUGUCCCCAACCCCACCGUGUUGUGACAAUCCCAUGGGGCUGCCGGUGGUGCUGCCAGCGUCACCUUUGUCCCAGCUGUGCCCUUCCAGCCCCCACAGCUCCCUGUCCCCGUCCCUCCCAGCGUGCCGUGGCUGGCACAGACUGGUAUCUGUGGCAGAGAGGGCGAGAGCCCGGCUGAGGGGACGGGGACAGCCCAGACCACCCGCCAUCGCUCCAGGGCGGUGCCAGGCUGAGGCGUGGGACGGUGCUGGGCUGUGGCACUGCACACACUCACCAUGGCAAAGGGACAGCCCUGUGUGUGCCCUGGCACCGCCGGGGGGGCCAUUGCCCGCACUGUGGGGGCCAUUGCCACGCUCGUGUCUCCGUGCCGGGGCCGAAGGACCCAGCUCCGAUUGCACUUGUCCCAAAAUAAAGCUCUAUUUUUGUCUUACGCCA